AUGACAGAUGAUUCUGGGCUCGAUCAGCGUCGAUGGUGGGCAGGCUACUACUUCCUCAACCCCAUGGCUGUUGCAGUAUGUCCACCUAAGAACUCCGAUGGCAGCGCCUGGCAUCUACCUGUCAACGAGAUGCUACCUCGCCAUGACCAGGGCCGCGUGCACAUUCCCCUAGCGAUCGGUGCUCUAGGCGAUCCCGAGCCGAUUGAGCCGAUUCUCGAUCUGAAUUUGGGUACCCACCAGUUCAUCAGUCCCCGUGGGCGUACACAAUUCCCCUACUCUGGCAAUAACAUCGUCUCAUUUCUCAAUCUGACUGUCAACAAGCGCAAAGACCUCGCAUGCCCUUCCUGUUACCUGGAACGCCAGAAUCAAGGUGUGGCGCCUUGUUCCUGCACCCUACGGAAGCGCUUCCUAGACCGAUGGUUGUGUAUGCACUGCUACAUCGAGGAGGUAAACGUUGAUGACAAGCUACGCUGUCAUGGUGUAAAAGCAAGCGAGGUCGGACAAGGCCACAUCCAUGUGUGUAGCUGCGGAACGGAGUUCACACCAGACAUCAUGCCAAAAGUCAUGUGCAACUGGUGCAAAGGCGAGAUCACAGAGCUCGAGCAGGGCACCGAGGAUGAUGCCACCAGUGAGAACGCCGAAUAUAACAGCGAAGAAGAAGAAGAGGAACUCGAGAACGGAGAUGACGAGGAGGACCAUUCGGCGGCUGACUUUGCGGGUCUACCUCUGGACGAGUUUGGCUACGCUGAGAACCGCGACGGGUCUCUUUCGGUGUACGUGAACGGCGAGUGCAUCCGCGGAGAACGUUUGGGGCGAGCUAUGAUCCGCCAGUGGAAGAGAAUCCAGGGUGAGCACGUUGAAUGUACUUGCUGUAUCUGCGACGAGAAGGACUCUAUGCAUGCUCACGCGGGGGACGUUUCAGAGGACGAGGACGAGGACGAAGGCGAGGACGAAGAUGGCGACGAUGACGAUGAUCUACCAGAUCUGGAAGACGUCGAGUCAGCUGCUGGCUUCGAAGAUCCAUGGGGACUGGACUAA